CAGCCAGGGAACAUAAAGCUGUUCCCCCCGAAGGAAUAAAUCAGCGACUGCCGCAACGCCAAAUUCACGUCGGCACAUUAAGCUGCCCAUCGCCCGUCGAGGUGCACCUGAUCACAAUUCCGGCCCUCUUUCGUACCACUCUCGCUCACUUCGCCAGCACAGCACCAUCAUGGCCGGAAUGAAAACCAUAAUAGGGCUCGCCUCGCUCCUGGCAGCCGGCAUCCUCCUCACCAUCCUAUCCUGCGCCCUCGACUCCAACUGGCUGCCGAUACUCGUGCCCUUCAUUUACCUCAUCGCGCCUUUACCCAACAUGCUGUGUCAGAGGAUAGGGAGUGGGGGCGGGCGGGGCGAUAUCUGGAGUGACGCUUCGGAACACCGAGGCGUUCUGGAAACGGGAUACUUCAUCACGAGCUUCAUCAACGUAUCGGGCGCUGGGCUGCCUUACGUCCUCGCCCAUGCGAAUGUCAUCACCCAACAAGCGAUGGUGCUGUCCAUCGCCGGCGGGCUGCUGGUGUACGGGACGAUCCUUGGUUACAUUCACUUUUUCAUUACGGAAGAGCCAUACAUGUAGAGUCCUUCCACGCCAUGCUCCAGUUGCGCAAUGUGGCACAUCGUUGAUGUCCAGUUUUAUGUACAUACGAGAAAAUAGGGCAUAUUUGCCCGUCUGAUGUGAAGAUUGCUUGUUGACGAUGUGAGGCAGACAUGAGAGAAGGCUGCUUUGAUGCAAUACGACAAGUGAGAUAGGUGCAAUACGACAAG